CAAACCCAUCCUCCUCUCUUUAAGUCUCCCUUGAGUCUCUCUCUCUCUCUUCAAAGCCAAGCCAGCAUCAAUGGCUAUUGAUCUCGUCGGGUUCUCAAGGAUGGACGAUCGGACGGCCAUGGAAGAAGCAGCCUCCGCCGGCUUGCAGAGCAUGGACCACCUGAUCCGCGUCCUAUCGAAUCAAAACCCAUCACAAACCCAAACCCAAACCCCCCUCGACUGCCGAGAAAUCACCGACUUCACCGUCUCCAAGUUUAAGCAGCUCAUCUCCGUCUUGAACCGGACCGGUCACGCUCGGUUCCGCCGCGGACCGGCCAAUCAAUCCUCCACCCCGGUCCAACCCAAGCCUCAGACAACUUCGAUUGCUUUUUCUGUCCCUAAGUCCAACAACGACGACUCUCUCACUCUAUCCCCGCCAAUCUCCACGACGUCGUCGUUUUUGUCCUCCAUCACAAUCGGAGACGGCAGCGUUUCGAACGGUAAAGCCGUCUCGUCAAUUCUCGCGCCACCGGCGCCGGCUUUCUCAGCCGGGAAACCUCCUCUCUCCCAAUCUCACCGGAAACGGUGCCACGAUAACGAAGUCGCAGCUAAAACGUCGUCGUCCGGCCGCUGCCAUUGCUCUAAAAGAAGGAAGACUAAGGUUAGGAGGACGAUUAGAGUGCCGGCGAUUAGUUCAAAAAUCGCCGAUAUACCUUCGGAUGAAUUCUCCUGGAGAAAGUACGGUCAAAAGCCGAUCAAGGGCUCGCCUUACCCGAGAGGGUAUUAUAAGUGUAGCAGCGUGAGAGGGUGUCCAGCGAGGAAACACGUGGAGAGAGCACAAGACGACCCCACUAUGCUCGUCGUUACUUACGAAGGCGAGCACCGUCACCCUCACCCUUCCAUCACAGCCGGUUCUGUGGGCCUUGUUUUCCAGUGAACCCGAAAUCCGGUCCACAUGUUGCGUCCAUCAUGACCGUUGAAAGCGCCCGGUGUCAAAGUGGCUGUGGCACUGCAAGGGAUGUUAGUGUGUCGGAGAACAAAGUCAAAGGGAAAACAUAUCCAAUGUCAAAAUCAAAUAUACGGUGUAAUGGGAAUGGGAGGGGUUCGAUGUAAAUUAUGAAAGAAAAGAAGGGUGAAAGUGGAAGAAGGAAAUGGAAUAUAAUUUUGUUGGUGCUUUUGAAUA